GGUGACGGCGGGUGGGUGAGAAGCAGCAGAAGGGGUAACGCAAGUUACCCGUCGUCGUCUGCAUAUAAUACAGGAACGAUGGUGAAUAGGCCGAGUACAAUGGAGGACGAGAUGCUGCUGAUGGCCAGCAGCCGUCAGCAGCAUCAGAGGAAACGGUGCCCUCCUGGUGUGAAAUGGCUCAAAAGGGCCUGUUUUGGGGGAGAGAGAGGUGCAAACUUUUCUCUGGAACAGUAUCAAGUGGCUGUUCUGAUUUUGACGUUUAUCGCUUAUUCCAUGUAUCACAUGUCUCGCAAGCCGCCUUCGAUUGUGAAGAGUGUUUUGGACCCAGAUGCGCAUGGAGGUGCCAGAGGUUGGGCUCCUUUCGAUGGGAAGAUGGGUCAGGGGUUGUUGGGAGAAGUGGAUGUGGCCUUCCUCGCCGCUUAUUCUCUGGGCAUGUACUUUAGCGGCCACUUAGGCGAUCGGUUGAAUCUGCGGCUAUUUUUAGGUGCCGGCAUGCUUGGCAGUGGGCUGUUCACAUGCCUCUUCGGCAUGGGCUAUUUUUGGCGCGUUCAUCACUUAAGCUACUUUAUCGUCAUCCAAGUGUGCGCUGGACUCUUCCAGUCAACGGGAUGGCCCAGCGUGGUCACCUUUGUUGCAAAUUGGUUCGGUAAGACGCGAAGGGGCUUGAUAAUGGGGAUAUGGAACGCGCACACGUCGGUGGGGAACAUCCUGGGAGCCCUGCUCCCUGCUGCCGUGCUUCACUGGGGUUGGGGCUGGUCGUUCGUCUUGCCGGGUUUGAUCAUGAUGCUGGGUGGGCUGAUGGUGAUCGCCUUCCUGCCGGUAGAGCCGGAGGACGUGGACUUGCCUCCGACGUAUGUGCGGCGUGCGGAGGGGGUGGUGGAGGAGAGAGACGUGUGCGUGGAGAGGGGGGAGAGCUCGGAGGGUGAGGGUUCCGAGGGGGAGGGGGAGGGGGAGGCGGCCGUCCUCGAUUGUGGCAAGGGGAAAGGAGUGUUGGUAAGAACAUCCACGAGCCUUCGUCUUGGUGAGAGAGAGGACGAUGACMCCCCCCCAUCUCCCCCCCCCCCUCCAGUUAGCGAUUUGACGAUGGAGAAGAGGGUAUGGCCUGCGGCGGCGGCCGCCGAAGAUGCGGUGGAUGAGAAAGUCAAGCUGGGCAACAACAACAACAACAACAACAACAACAACAACAACAACUAUACGGUCGUGGAUGAGCAUCAUCUCACCAGGGAGAGCAUUGGGUUCCUGGAGGCUUGGAGGAUUCCCGGCGUGGCUGCGUUCGCCUUCUGCUUGUUCUUCUCGAAGCUCGUGGCCUACACGUUCCUCUACUGGCUCCCAUUUUAUGUGAAACAUACACAAAUCGCAGGGCAGGUCCUAACAGAUGCGGAGGCGGGAGAUCUGUCGACGCUGUUUGACUUCGGUGGGAUUGUGGGAGGAGUCAUUGCGGGCUAUCUUUCCGAUCGAUUCAAUAUGAGUGCCGUCGUUGCAACCGGCUUCUUGUACCUCUCCAUUCCCGUUCUGUAUGCCUACUACUUGUACGGGAGCGUGUCCUUUGUACUCAAUAUUGGCUUGAUGCUCACCUCUGGGUUGUUGGUGAAUGGGCCGUAUGCGCUGAUCACGACGGCAGUAUCAGCGGACCUGGGAACGCACGAAUCGCUGAGGGGGAAUGCCAAGGCAUUGGCCACGGUUACUGCGAUCAUAGACGGCACGGGUUCAAUUGGAGCGGCGCUGGGGCCGCUGGUGACGGGGUUCGUCUCCCAGUUGGGAGGGGACGAAGAAGGGUGGAGGUAUGUGUUCUGGAUGCUUAUGGCGGCAGCGUUGGUUGCUGGCCUGCUCCUCACGAAAUUGGUCAUUGCGGAGGUUCGGGAGAAGAUUGCAGAGAAGAGGUUGUAUAGAGUGUUGGACAAUGACGAGCUAGGAGCACUUGUGAAGAGGCUUUUGAGCUAGUCGUCGUGAUCAUCGUGACUGAAAGAUCGAGGGGUUCAUGUCGUUCAUUUUCCUAAGCAGAACUGUAGAAGGAUUUCCCCAAGCCCUGCCCUUCCCCAGUCCUUCCUAUCAUGUACAUUUUUUUCCAAAGAGGAUGAGGCGAAAAUGGUGACGAGGGUGAAGCUGCCAUUGAUGUCUGGUCGGGAAGCUACGGGACAGUCACAGGGAAACAGUGAAGGGGGAGGGUACCUGGCAUCGUCCUGACGAGGAUCGAGGAGGAGCAAAGCUGUCUAUUGAACUCUUUUCCCGAUGGCAGCAUGAAUUCGCUUGUACGGUCGUAGCCCAGUCGGAUGUGUUCUGCACGGCGUGGGUUGCGGCGUAUCAGUGAGAUUUCUUUCACUUCACAAGAAGUUAUAGGCAGGGCAAGAGGGGGAAAACUUGGCGUGUACAUUAACUGGAUCAUCAUCAAUUUGGCGAAUGGUUUCAAAUUUUCGAUUGUAGUAGCAUGGCUGCGGAGGCGGCAUGUAAUGGCGGCAUGAGCUCACCUGUACCUCUGGGAUGUGUGUUCUUCAUGGUGGUAUAUCGCAGCAGCAUUUCAGUGAGAUUUCAAUUGUGACAAAAAGGCACGCAGGGGCCGGCGGCGAGAGGGGAGAGGGAGGGAGGGAUGGAGGGAUGGAUGGAUGGAUGGAUGGAUGGAUGGAUGGAUGGAUGGAGGGAGGGAGGGAGGGGAAUAACUUUGUGUGUAUAUUGAUUGGUUCAUCGAUUUGGCGACGGACCCCACAACAGAGUCGUCGUGUAAAUAGUGGAGAGUGCACUCUGUAUGAUUAGUUUGAUGAACUUUGAUCGCGUUGCGUGUGGCAGCAGACGAGAUAGAUUUCGGUAAGAAUUAUUGUGAGCAGGGAGGUGUUCAGGUUUCACUCGCUCGCUUUGCUCUGCGACUGCCGUGGCUGACGAGAUGGGAAAGGCUGAAGCGGAGGGCUUGACCAGGAAGCUGAAGUCUUUGGUGGCGUCUCAAGCGGUGGCAGUGAAGCUUUGCUUGCAAGCUAAGCCUCUUGAGUUCGGUGGCAAGGCAUCCGAAGCGGCGGCAGAGGAGCAUUGCUCGUGGUUUUCCCGCAUACGUUUGCUGUAUGUAUGGUUUUCAGUCUAACUUGUUGAUUUCACAGUGAGCAGGAGGCUUCGAGAAACUCUGGCGGCAUGACAGAGCUGCACAUGUUCGGUGUGCGCAGAAGAGAGAGCAGAGCAGAAAAGAGAGCAGAGCAGAGGAGAAAAGAGAGCAGAGCAGAAAAGAAAUACCUAUACGAGAGCACGGGGGAGGUCUGUUGCAUAUUGUCUCUGUCUGUUGCGCAUUGUCUCUGUCUGUGGCCACGUCUCACGCACGGAAACAACUCAGAAGAAGAGCAUUAGAUCUUGUAUGCAGAGCACUAAAUUACAAUUCUUUUUGGUUUGCAUUGCAGAAUAUUCAGACAGCAUUAUUUUUUGAGGUUUGUGACCCACGAGAGGUUUUAUUCUUUCUUUGUCGUCUUUCUUUUUUAGGUAGUUUCAGUUUUUUCCCCUAUCUGCCGAAGUGUCUCUAGUGCCCACGUAGUGUCUCUAGGGUUCGAGUCUGUCUGUCCGAGUUUAUGUGUGGACAAACAUUCUCACUUCAUUCAUGAAUCGUGAAUCACGUCAUGGUCAUAUCCUUUGGCUCCUCUUGUCAGAGCCAACACACGGGAGUUGGUUUUCCGUUCACUUUUUUGAAGUUUUUUCCCCAUUUAGGAGAGCUUCUCAGAC